GGUAGCUGCUGCCGUGCGAGGUAUGCCGGUCGAGGUGUACGUGGACGGGGGAGUGCGCGAGGCUGCAGACGUCGCCAAGGUACUGGCACUGGGCGCCAAGGCUGCCUUCAUCGGGCGCCCCGUCGUCUGGGCGCUCGCGCAAAAGGGAGAAGAUGGUGUGGCCAACUUGUUAGAGAACUUCAGGAAGGACUUGGAUCGGAUUCUCGCUCUUUUAGGCUGCCCUUCAGUGGAUGACAUCGACUCGUCAUUUGUGCGGUGUCACGACUCCAGCAGCGGAAGUCUGGAGCAGCAAAGCGUACAAGAGGCGUAGAAAAGAAGAUAUAAGGACCGCAAGUGGAGUGGGAAAUGGUUCCUUGCGGCAAUAUGCAUGUGCGAGUUGGACGCGGUAGUCAGCGUCCUAUCGCGUUCCAUUGGCGCUUAAUAAUUAGUCCGGCGUUCUGCGCACCUCACAGAAUUAAAGUGGUAGCACCUCUGCACGUAUCCCGGAGCACGAGGUACAAUUGGGAACAAGAAAAUAUACAAACUUGUUAUUCGAGUCAUAAUGCAUACUCAUCAGACAUGGCUUCUGUAAAAACAUGCGUGUAUUCCAGCUCGUCAGCAGAAUAAAAGAGAAGAA